AUGCAUGAAAAAGCAGCUCCCCUGAAGAGCCUGGAGCCCAUGCACGGCCGUGAGAAACUGGAGGCAUCGCACAAGGAGAAGAGCUUGGAUUCCCUCGACAGCAGCCUCCACCUGAACGAAGCCCUGAAGGAUGAAGACAUCAAGAAAUGCCACCGGGAAGUGGCUGCUAGCAAGUACAACUCCCAGUACCACAAGCUGUUCAAGGACAUCCCGACGGAGGAGAGCGUGCUGAAAGUUUGCUCCUGUGCGCUGCAGAGAGACAUCCUCAUCCAGGGAAGGCUUUACAUCUCCCCCAACUGGCUCUGCUUCUACGCAAACCUUUUCGGGAAGGACAUCAAGGUUGUGAUCCCGGUGGUCUCCGUUCAGCUGAUCAAAAAGCACAAGACGGCUCGGCUGCUGCCCAACGGCUUGGCCAUCACCACCAACGCCAGCAGAAAGGUUUCGAGUAAGAAGAGCUUGAGUUUGAAGGAGCUGACGGAGGAGCCGGACGCCGUGUCGCUGGAGGUGAUUGUCCCCGAGGGCAAGUGGAGGAAGGUGUCACCCGCCUCGCUGUCACUGUCGCUGCCGGACACCGACUACCAGUGCAUCCACCGGACCUCCGUCAGCAGCCUGAGCACCAAGGAAAGCUCCUUCACCUCCGAGGAGCCCCUGGUUUCGGAAAGUGCAAUAAACACCGAGGAGGAGCUGGAGGUGGAGCAGAGCUGCGUGGCGGAGCUGAGACCUUCUGACUACCAGCUUCUGAAGAUCUUCAUCGUGCUCAUCUGCCUCCUGGUCGUGUCCUCCUCAUACCUGGCGUUUCGCAUCUUCCGUCUGGAGCAGCAGCUCUGCUCUCUGAACCGGGACUACCUCUCCCGCGGGCACAGGAGGUGA